GUCAUCUCUCCUUUCUGGUUAAAUUCUAGUCUACGGGGGACACUUGAGGUCAGUGAACAUUAGAAGCAAACAACGAUUUUAACCGUCAAAUUCUUCGAGAAUUUCCCUGAGGCUUGAAUAGGACAUUUAUUCAGUUAGUGGGUCAGUAGGUUCCAGAAUGUUGCUCUCAUCCGUUCCGAGGCGCAUGCUGAUGCGAAGGUCGCGCAGCUUGUCCCCAUGUCGCGUGCUGCACUCGAGCACCGGUGACGCUUCUCGGUGUCACAACAUUCGCGAGCUCGAGGCGAACAGGAACCCCAUCGUAUCCACGUCUCGGGUGUCCCGAAAGGGUAUUCUAAGUGAAGAAGCGAGCUCCACGAACGUCACCCCUCACAUGCAGUACCACCAGUUGACCAACAGAUGGCUCUCUAACCUAGAGGGCCGCAGAAGCUCAUGGGCCUCGCUGGUGUCCAAGGGGCGCAUGAACAGCUACUGGGAAGAGGCAGGGGACAAAAGUGGCAGACGCGGCUAUGGUGGCGCCACAGUGGGGGCUUUAUCCGCGGCUGCUUUCGCAUUCUGCUUCAGAAAGGAUGGCGAAGACUCUAAAGGUGAUGCCCUUAUAGAAGCUGCCAAGGCUAGCAACACUCAGGAUGUUAUAAGGCUUCUGGCUGAUGGGGUUGAUCCAAACCAUCGACACAGUUUGGGUUGGACUGCUCUCAUGGUGGCAUCCAUGAACAGACAGCAUAAUGUGGUGAAGAUUCUGUUGGAGUCUGGUGCUGAUCCGAACAUCGGUGAUGAGUUCAGCAAUGUGUAUGAAACAUCCCGUCAAAAAAGCAUCCACUCACUGGAGGUGUUGGUCACGCGUGAGGAUGAGUUCAGCAGUAGGUUGAGCAGCAGGGCUAAUUUCCGUGGUUGCACUGCACUACAUUAUGCUGUUCUGGCAGAUGACCUCCGAACUGUACGCAUGCUUCUGGAAGCAGGUGCCAACCCCCUACAGACGAAUGAUUUGGGCCACACGCCGCUAGCCUACGCCAAGGAGGGAGAGCUACAGACUGUACUGAAGGAGUGGGAGAAGAAGUUUGUGGAGGUGCAACAGAAGAGGGAGGCAGAGGAGAGGAGGCGUUUUCCUCUGGAGCGCCGACUGAAGGAGCAUAUCAUUGGACAGGAGGGAGCUAUCAACACUGUCGCAUCAGCCAUUCGGAGAAAAGAGAAUGGAUGGUAUGAUGAAGAACACCCUCUUGUCUUCCUCUUCCUGGGGUCUUCUGGAAUUGGUAAGACAGAGUUAGCCAAACAAGUGGCACGCUACAUGCACAAAGACAUUAAGAAGGGUUUCAUUAGGAUGGACAUGUCUGAAUAUCAGGAGAAACAUGAGGUGGCCAAGUUCAUAGGCUCUCCUCCGGGUUAUGUUGGUCAUGAAGAGGGGGGUCAGUUGACCAAGCAGCUGAGGCAGUGCCCCAACGCCGUGGUUUUGUUCGACGAGGUGGACAAAGCCCACCCCGACGUCCUCACCAUUAUGCUCCAGCUCUUUGACGAGGGGCGACUGACAGACGGGAAGGGGAAAACCAUCGAAUGUAAGGAUGCCAUCUUCAUCAUGACCUCCAACGUCGCCAGUGACGACAUUUCCCAUCAUGCCUUGCAGCUGCGUCAGGAGGCGCAGGAGCAGACCCGCCGCCGCCUGGCCGAGAACCUGGAGGAUGUUCAAAAGAGUGACAAAAUCACCAUCUCCAAGCAGUUCAAAGAUGACGUGAUCCGUCCUAUUCUAAAGGCCCAUUUCCGGAGGGAUGAGUUUCUGGGCAGGAUUAAUGAGAUUGUUUACUUCCUGCCUUUCUGUCAUUCUGAGCUCAUUCAGCUCGUCAGCAAAGAACUCAAUUUCUGGGCUAAGAAGGCUAAACAGAGACACAAUAUCACACUGUUGUGGGACCGGCCCGUCCUGGACCUGCUAGCUGAGGGAUACAAUCUGCACUAUGGAGCGCGCUCCAUCAAACACGAGGUGGAGCGUCGCGUAGUGAACCAGUUAGCGGCGGCGUACGAGCAGGAGCUCCUGCCCAAAGGUUGCACCCUCCGUCUGAGCGUCAAUGGAGGGAUGGAGGACGAGAGGGAGGAGGGAUCGCCCCCUAGCCUGCGACUGGAGGUGGUCGGAGAGGACAGCUCCACUCGAAAACUGGACAUCCGCCCACCACUCAACCCGGAGGACGUGGCCUACGCCCAUUAAGAGACAGUAAUGGGCCGUCGUAAUUUGGGCUCCCCUAACUGGUAAUGAUGUACAAGUGUAGUUAUUCACAACAACAGCAGUGGUACUAUGGGUCAGGAGAGGGCGCUGUUUUCCAAAACAACAUUUCUCUGUUAGCUGACUAACCUCGGUAAACAAAAUAACAAAUGUCAUCUCUGUCCAGCGGGCGAAAGAGUGAGAGUAUUUGUGUUGGACAGCGCUGUCUGUCGUCAAGCAGCUGAUGUAAGUUUUGGUAUAAGUCUUGCUUUGUGAAACAAUUCUGAGCUCUUGCCUUCGACCAAAACCGCAACCAGUCAUUUCACAGUAUAACAUAAUGUACCUUCGGGCCCAAUUUGAUUUCAGUGGAUCCAAGAUCGAUGAAAUAAUUUGAGUGUAAUUCCAUGGUUUUUGUGGUCUUUAGUGGGGUGACCUGUGACAUGUUGUAGAGUCUCGUGAUAUCCGUUACUUCACGUUGUGUGUAGCUCAGGUUUAAAGACUCUUUGGUUUGCCUUAACAUUGCCAGCCAACUGUCAUAUCAUUUAGCUGUUAGUCAGUACCCGUAAGCCAUUAGCUAUGGAUGGCAGCCAUUUUGUGACAGAUGGGAAGUAAGCAGAUGGUCUGAAGGUUGAGGAAGUGAUUCGAAUGAUGGCAUUGCUUAUAACAAUGUUGUUACACAUUCACAAGUCAUUCAUAGCAUGCUUAUUACAGCGUCGUUACAUGUGUUGUGACAGCCCAUAUAGUAAUAAGUCAGAACGACUGCCAGAGAAAAACACAGCAAUAGUGCU